CACGAAUUAUCGUGGCAUUAACUUGCUGAGUUGUGUGGGCAAGGUGGUUGCCCGAAUCCUACUCAACCGUCUCGUCAGUCAAGUUGCAGAACCAAACUUGGCGGAAGGGCAAUGUGUAUUCCGUUCGGGUCACAGCACCAUCGAUAUGGUGUUUGUGGCUCAUCAGUUGCAGGAGAAGCGCAGCGAACAAUGCCAGCCGUUGUACUCGCUUUUUGUUGAGUUCACCAAAGCAUUUGAUACGAUGAACGUCGAGGCAUUGUGGUUGGUGUUGAGUACGUUGGGUUGUCCGACUAAGUUUGUAAUUUUAGUUGAAUGUCUGCACAGUGGUAUGCGAGCGAUGGUGCAGCUUAGUGUCGAGUCAUCGGAUGACUUUGCAGUUGUCUCUGGUGUGAAGCAAGACUGUGUCUUAGCUCCUGCCCUGUUUGAUAUUUAUCUUCAUACAAUGAUGUGUGUGUUUGAUACGGCUUAUGUUUACAAUGUUCGCGUAAAGCACCGUCUUGAUGGUGGGUUGCUGAACAUCCGUCGUUUCGGUUCGAGAACCCUGGUCUGUGAGACAGCUAUCCGUAUGUUGCUGUUCGCUGACGACUGCGUUGUUUGCGCACAGCGCGGAUGAGUUGCAGCACAUGACUAAUGCUCUGCCUUCGACAGCGACCAAUUUCGGGCUCACCAUAAGCACAAGCAAAUCUGUCUGUCUCUUUCAGCCUUCACCGGAGGUGCAAUCUGCAAUACUGCCGCAGAUCAGUAUCGGUAACCACCUCCCGCUUCUGCUACCUUGAGAGUGUGGUUUGGACAUUCCAGAAAAUACGGUGAGCUUCGUGUCCGCGUAUCAAAGGCAGCAGCGGCAUUCGGAAAGUACCGAGUGUGGAACAACCACCAGCUUACCGUUGGCACGAAGCUGAGGGUGUACAAAUCCAUAGUGCUGUCCGUUCUUCUUUACGGCAGCGAAACGUGGACAGUGUACCUGCGAGAUGUGAGAUAUCUCGAGUGGCUUCAUCAAUAGUGUCUGCGGCGGAUUCUGCGCACCGGUUGGUGCGACAGAGUUGCAGACACGGAGAUGUGCCGAAAUGGUGUGUUUGCGGUGGACUGUAUGCCUUGAGGUGGCCCGGUCAUGUGUAUCUUAUGGAUUCGGCACGGAUACCGAAGCAGCUCUUAUAUGGUCUGCUGAAUGUGGGGAAGAGGCAUGUGGGGAAACCGAUGCUUCAUUGCCAGGACAUGAUAAAGGUGAGCCUACCACGUUCUAAUGUUGAUUACAGGUGUUGGGAAUCGAAGGCGAUUGAUCGGAGUGCAUGGCGCGAUCUGAUCACGAAGGCCGUUUCCGAGGUGCAGGAGAAAGCCUUUGUGCAUGCGGAGAAGAAGCGGCAGAUGCGGAAGCGACAGGCGCCGAUGGGCUGUACUCCAUCGGCUUCGAGCACGGUCGCGAGUGUCUUUGUCAGUCAGGCGUAGUGAGCGACGGGCGAAGCCACUCGGUGCCAGCAUAAAAAAGACCACGGGUCAUGCUGAGAACGUAAGCAGAGCCAGCGCGGCGUUGCAAUCCUAUUAAAAUAAGUGCCUGCUGAACAAUGGAGUUCAGAACAACAGCCCACUCAAAACGCGGUCUCAUACGACUCCAGUUCUAUCGAGAACCACCUACGGAUACCAUAGAGCUAAAUGAGCUAGAGCAGUAUGCACUAGAGCGACUAAAAGUGCUCAAGUGCAUUGAAACUGUGAGGCAGGAUUACAAGGCUGGAACGAAGGAGUAUGAAGAGCGUAUGACUGCGGAACUUCUCAAACUUGGGACUUUUGGAAAAUCUAUGACCACCACCUCCUCUUUCCAAAAGGGUGUGAGAGAAGAUAUUCGGCGAGACAUCAUCUCACACUUUAUACUUCAAGUUGCGUAUUGCCGCGGUGAGGACCUGCGCCGUUGGUUCAUCCAACAAGAAGUGGAACUUUUUCGGUAUCGUUUCAUUCUCGAGAGGAAUAGUUCUCUGUCUGGACCGGAUACUAUAUCAGACUUCCUCUCCGAGAAUCGACUCCACUUUAAACUUUUAUCGGAUGCGGAGCGCGUACGUAUUCAACAAGAACUGAUUGCUGGGACGGCCGCACAGGGCGUUGACACACAAACUGCGUUUUACAAGGUAUAUUUUACCGAAGUUCCCGAAUUAGUACGGACCCGACGGGUCUACCUCCGGCGCGGUUUUGCCUAUGUACCGGACUCGGAUCUUGUUAGUUUAGUGGCUUCGCAUUUCCGAACGUCACUUUCGUGCAAUUUGGCUCGUUUAGCCCUUACAAUCAGUUCUCGCUUGGCAUCCGAAGAGUUUCGCGUACUGCCUCUGCUCGCAUCUCUAUCCAGUCGCUAUUUGGGAGAUGAUUAUACCAACAAGGCCUCAGCCAUGGAAGCCAUCAAGGCGGAGCAAGUUGAUUUGUUGGCCAGACAACCUGGUGUUUUCCCUCCAUGCAUGGCACAACUCCACGAGGCGCUCAAGACCCAGCACCACCUGCGCCACGCAGGACGCAUGCAGUACGGCCUUUUUCUCAAGGGAAUUGGACUUCCUUUGGAUGAAUCACUGAAAUUUUGGCGCAAUGCAUUCGCCCCGAAAUACGACAGCGAUCAGUUCGCGAAGUCGUAUGCCUACAACGUACGUCACAACUACGGAAAGGAAGGGAAACGGGCAGAUUACACGCCCUACUCAUGUGUGAAGAUCAUUAUGUCCAGUGCACCGGGACCGAACGAAUAUCACGGUUGCCCGUUCCGCCACAUGGAUCCCGAUUUACUGCGUCAACGCUUGUCUUCCGGUGGUCGAAUUCCUCUGGACUCGGUGGAAACUAUUGUUCAACGAGCGAAAGAACGAUUGUAUCACCUAAGCUGUCGUGAGUACUUCCGGGCAAUGCAUAAGUUGGACGCUGACGAUAUGGCUGGAAUCAGCAUCACCCACCCAAACCAAUAUUUUGAGGAGAGUCAAAAAAUCCUACGCCGGAAGAAGGAAUGAACCACUCAUUGUUCACCAAGAAUGUCUACAGCUCACAACGGCAUACAUAUACUGUGUAACUUUUGUCAUAAGAUUAAAUUUAUUUUUUUACUAU